AUGGCAGACAUGCCGAUGCCUCGUAAACUGUGGACUCCUCCAGACCCACAGAACUCCAUGGCCUACAAGUUUAUGCAAGAAGUCAACCGAAAGCGUGGUACUAACCUGCAAUCAUGGCAGGAUCUUCAUGCUUGGUCUGUGGAACAAAGGUCUGCUUUUUGGGAGGAAGUGUUUGUUCAGCAGCCAAUUAUUCACUCUGGGAGUUAUUCUAAGGUUGUUGAUGAGGAUGCUCGUAUGGAUUCGAUUCCUCCUUGGUUUGAAGGAGUCAAGGUCAAUUUUGCCGAAACGAUUCUCCUUGAUCCUGAUCCCAAGGAUCCGAGUAAAGGAAUCACUUCCAGGAAACAUGACCAGAAGGUAGCGUGCACGGAAGUCAGAGAGGGAGGAACUGAGAUUCGAGACUGUACUUGGAGAGAACUUCGCGAGAGAGUCGCUCAUCUUUCCAAUGCCUUGCGAGCGAGAGGUGUGAGGAAAGGCGAUCGAGUUGCUGUUGUUGCGAGUAACUCGAUCGAUACUAUGGUGGUCAUGUUCGCUACUACAGCUGUUGGCGGAAUCUUCUCCUCGAGUUCCACGGAUAUGGGAACGAAGGGUGUGCUGGACCGACUGAAACAGAUCAAGCCUCGAUAUGUUUUUGUUGACGACUGGGCUCUGUAUAACGGCAAGACGCUCGAUCUUAGACCCAAGAUGGACGAGAUUGUAGAGGGCAUGGAGGAUGUCUCGGAACUGAACGGGAUUGUGAGCAUGCCCAGGACUCAGGGGAAGCCGAUAGAUGUGUCCGGAGUAAAGAGGUGUGAGACUCUGGCGAACUUCCUCCAGGCCGCUCGAGGAGACAAGACCCUCCGCUUCGAUCGCGUGGAAUUCAAGGAUCCGUUUUUGAUCGUGUACUCCAGCGGAACGACAGGAAUGCCGAAAUGCAUUGUCCACAAUGUAGGAGGCGUACUCCUCAACGCCAGGAAAGAAGGAAACUUGCAUCGAGACGCUGCAGAAACCAAGGACAUGUGUGCUUUGCAGUUCACCACCACGGGCUGGAUCAUGUACCUGAGCAGCUGUCUCAAUCUCGUCAAUGGCGCUCGCGUCAUUCUCUACGAUGGAUCACCAUUCCAACCUGAUCUCGUCUCUUUCCUCAAGAUUGUCCAGGAUCUGAAAGUAACGGAUUUGGGCAUUUCACCACGCUACAUGCAGACGCUGGCCACGGCAAAGCCUCCAGUUCUUCCUCGGGAAGUGGUUGAUUUGAGUCGACUCCGUCAUGUGACAAGUACCGGUAUGGUUCUUUCAGAAGCACAAUUUGAAUGGUUCUACGACCAAGGAUUCCCUGAGCAUGUUCAACUGGACAAUAUCAGUGGCGGGACGGAUUUGGCUGCUUGUUUUACUAUGGGCAAUCGAAUGCAGCCUGUUUAUUGUGGUGGCACCGUUUCCCCGGCUUUGGGAAUGAAAGUUGAAGCUUAUGAUCAGACGGUUGAAGGAGGGAAAGGCGUCAAAGGUCGACCGCUUCCGAUUGGAGAGAGUGGAGAGAUGGUCUGCACACGAGGAUUUCCAACUCAGCCUGCUCGAUUCUGGGGCGAUACAAACGGGGAGAAGUACUUCAAAUCCUACUUUGAGCGAUUUGACAAUGUCUGGACACAUGGAGAUUUCAUCUCCAUCCACCCAAAAACAGGAGGUGUAUACCUCCACGGCCGAGCAGACGGCGUCCUCAACCCAAGCGGAGUCCGAUUCGGCUCAGCAGAAAUCUACAAUGUCAUUGAUCUCAACUUCCCCGACGACGUCCAAGAUUCCAUUUGCGUGGGACAGAGAAGACCUCAGGACAUGGACGAAAGCGUCAUGCUGUUCCUACUGAUGAAGCCCGGGAAGAAAUUCACCGCAGAAUUGGUGAAGAAAGUCAAGGAUGCUGUUGCGAGGGAUUGUGGAAGGAGAUAUGUGCCGAAAUAUAUCUUUGAGACUCCAGAGAUUCCGACUACGAUUAAUUUGAAGAAGGUGGAACUGCCUAUCAAGCAGAUCGUGUCUGGAAAGACGAUAAAACCUUCUGAUACUCUGGCGAACAAGGAAUGCUUGAAUUUCUACUACCAGUUUGCUCGAGUGGAAGAGCUGGUGGAGCCGAAGAGCAAGCUGUAG